AUGGCUGCGAAAAGAGUGAAAAGAGUGAAAGUGCUUAAGGAAAGAAAGAAAUAUGACCACUUGUCGGAAUUGCCGGAUUGUAUUAUCCAUCAUAUCCUCUCUUUUCUUCCCGCCAUCGAAGUAGUUCAGAUGAGCAUUCUUUCCAAGCGUUGGAGACGCAUGUGGUACUACGUCCCGGCAUUGAAUUUUUGUCAAAUCUCUGUCUACGGGAGCGACCGCUUCCCCAAGUUUGUAGACGAGUAUUUGAAAUACCGCGAGAUAGGUUUGCGCAGCGUCGCCGAUUCAUCCAUUAUAACCCGAUUCAAGCUUCGGAUUAUGUGCGGUGUUGACUUUAGUACUCUUGUGGAUAAGUGGUUAAAUUUUGUGGUUCUUAAGAACAAAUUGGAGGAAUUAGAUCUCUAUGUGAAACCAUGGCCGCGCCUAGUACCAAAAUUGUACCACUGCUUGCCCGGGGCCGUACUUGGUGCAAAAUCCUUGACUCACCUAAAGUUGGAAUACAUGAGAAUGGUGGGACCUCUUCAAGUAAGCCUUCCAGUUUUGAAGCUUUUGUCCUUGAAACAUGUCAGUGGAUUGAAUGAUCAUUCAUUUGAACAUCUAUUGGCCAAUUGUCCUUCUCUUGAGGAACUAGUUUUACGGGACUGCAGGGACUUGUCAACUCCCCAAAUUUCUUCCUCGACUCUAAAGUCCUCCGAACUCCAACUUGUCUCCAAUCAGAGAAUCAAAAUUGACGCCAUUAAACUUCAGUUCUUGCUUUUUGGGAGUGCUCAGAACUGCCGAAUUAGUCUUGCUACUUGUGCGAGUCUCAAGAGCCUUUCCUUGUGUAAUGCCGAAUUUCUAGGCCGAUGCUUGGAAGACCAUAUUUCUGAACUUACCGGCCUUGAGAGCUUGACUAUAUGUGAAUCUAUCGGAUCGAAACAUAUCAAAAACAUCAGAAGUCGGCACCUGAAGAACCUGAUCAUUUCCCAAACAGGUGUUAAGGAAGUUGGCGCGAUUAAAAUUGAUGCGGUAAAUUUAGUUUCCUUCACCUAUAGAGCUGAUUCCAUGAAAACGUUUUGCAACAUUUCCUUGAACUCUCCGAAUCUGCGGGUUUGCAACGUAAAACUUACGUGCCAAUGUCGUACCUACGAUUCAAACUGGUACAUCAGUCUGAUACGCUUGCUAUCAAAUUUGAAUUGUUGCAAGAAUGUGUGCCUGCAUGUUUACUCAGAGGAGGCUCUCGUCAUUCCAAAUGAUUUGAGAAGCGUUUGUCGCGCUUCUUUGCUUGCCAUAGAGCAUCUGAAAGUGAAGACGUAUCGUCUAUUGUUUCAGAAAUCCGACUUAAAGGAUUCCUUGUAUUGGCUUUCACCUUCUCUCAAGUCAUUAUCCAUGGAACAACAGUCAAAAGGUUUCCGUCUUUGA